GCUUUUUAUUGGCCCAUCUGAGCACGUGCGAGAUUUUCUCAAAAAAGUGAAAUAAUUAAGGUCGGCUUUUAAGUUUAAAAAAAUGCCUCUUAAAAAAGUUAAGAAAGAAAAAAAUACUGAAGAUGUUGGAAAACCAAUGAAAAUGCAAUUAGAAAAUAAUAAAGCAGUCGUAGUAGGAGUCGCUGAUGAAAUUAAUGCAACAACAACUGAAAGGGCUCCAAUGGUGAUAGAUACCAAUAUACUGCAAUGUUUUAAAGGUUUAACUCAUUAUGAAGAAAAUCUACGUUUGGAGGCGACGGCGCAACUAAUGCAACAAUUGAAACGUAAUAUUCGAAAAGGCGAGCGACAAAGGGAAUUUACGUAUUGCAUGAAACGUUUAAUACGUGGUUGUGGCGCUUCAACUAAUAUUUCACGCGCCGGUUUCUUUGUUUGUUUGGUGGCGUUGUUAAAAACAUUUCCAAAUGAAGUUGUCAAAGUAAUUCAGGUGCUAGAAUUAUUAAGCAAAGAAUUAAAUGUGGGCGCUUCAUUAGCUAAUAAGGACGAUGCUGAUGCUGUGGUUGGACAAAUUUUGGUAUGUACGGCUUUGUUAAGAGCCGACCGUUUAUCAGAUACGGAACAUCUUACGCAAGUUGUUCAAAUCUUAGUACAAGCUACACGACAUCGUACUUAUCAUGUUACUUUGGCUUUUCAACUCCUCUGUGAUUUAAUAAAUUCAUUAACAAUAGAGCAAUUUCGAAGUAUAGUGUGGCCUAUAUUGGAGCCUAUUUUACUAAAGCCUUGGACGAAACAAACGCUACAAACUGUAUAUUGUAUACUUGUGGUGCAUCAACGUUUUCCUGAAGUCAUAACUAGAACAUAUUUCCAACAAAAUUUUGGUGGAUCAGAUUUGCUAAAUGCAGAUAGUUACCGUUAUAUAUAUAACAUAUUUUGGCAUCUUGAUAAUAUUGAUAAUCUCUUACAACCAGUUUAUGAGUAUUUCGCAAAUUACUUAGCGAAAAGUAAACAUUUAGGUAAAUUUUGGUUAAGCCAGGUGGAGCCCGGGUUAACAGAAAGCAACAAAAACUUGAAAAUGGUGACAUUAAAACUAUUUACGGAUAUUAUAAAUAACUUUAAAGAGAAUCACAAUCGAAUCUUGAUUUUAUUGAGCGAUAACUUUAUAAAAAUGUUGAUGGAGGGUUUAAAAACGCUGAAAGCACGCAACGUUAGCGAGACGUAUAAGGCGUUCUAUGACGACUUUUUUCAAGCUUUAGCACGCUCCUGCGAGAACAUAUCAGAUGAACAGACAAAAGUAGCAGUGAUUAAACGUCUGAUAUUGCCGCCUGGAAUAUUUCAUAUUGAAAAGCUUGCUGGCCAUCGUAUAAUACAUCAUCUAGUUAAUUUUUUGAGCAUCGAAGGUAUAAAAGAAAUUUUUGCUUUAUACAAAGGAGUUUUUCAGGCACAAUUACCUAAGAAUCCCCUUAAUGCCGAAGAAUGUUGGCUAAAUUUUGAGCGGUUUAGCGCGGGCUACAUGCUGCAACAUCUAUUGCAACAUAGAGCCGUACAAAAAGAUCGUAAAUGGCAGGAGGAAGAGUUGAAAUUUUUGUUAAAGUAUGGUAUUUUUUAUGUGAACGACCAGGGAGAUUUGUGUAAAAAGGAUGACACCGGCUCAUUCUCUAAAGAUUUUGGCGACCAUUGCCAAACGAUGUUUUAUAAUUGCCUUCAAAGCAAAUUACAAGAUCUUCAGGAAGAAAGUGAUCUUCUCUACAAUUUAGUUAAAUAUUGUCAAAAACAUGUAAAGCAAAAGGCUUUGAGAAAGUAUCUAAAAUUAAAACAAAUAGAAGAGGAAUCUUGGCAAAUAACUUGGCGGAAUAUGUGGUUAGAGAUAAAAACACAUGAGGCAAAAACUAAAUGUAAGAAUGAAAAGCAGAAAGAAAGCUUACAUAACGUUUUUUCUAUCCUCUUGCUUCAUAUGGGUUUGCAAAUGUUUAAAGAACCAGCAAUGGCACAACUGAGUAUAGAGGAUUUGCUGAAAUGCAAAAAGGAAGCGGAAGUAAAGAGAAGAAAUGAUAAAGAACCUGAAUGGAUUGAAGUGGUAGUCGAUUUACUAUUGCAUUUGUUAUCACAAAAUAAUGCGGCUCUGCGCAAGGUAGUGAAUGCUUUGUUCCCUUCAUUAUGCGGUAAUCUAAACCUGACAGCUGUCCACCAGAUACUUUCAGUUCUAAAUAUGAAAGGCAAUUAUAAUCCAUUGAGUUCUAAAAACGGAGAAGAUGAAAUGGAAGAAGAAGAUACGGAGAGGGGAGGAGAAGAAGGAAGCGCGCGCGGUACUGAUGAUUUGGCCGACAAUGGUGUUGAUGAUAAUGAUGAUGGUAACGAUGACGAUGAUGAUGAUGAUGAUGAUGAUGAUGAUGAUGACGAUGAUGAUGAUGACGAUGAUGAUGAUGAUGACGACGAUGACGACGACGACGAAGAAAACGAUGGUUCUGAGGAUGAUGAUGAAACUACGAUUACAAUUAACGAUAGACUGCGUAAUGCCGUCUCUCAAGCUUUAAUAACUAAUGGGGCAGCUGUAAGUAGCCAAGAUUUCGGCAAGAAUAACGAUGAUGACGAUGAUAUGCAUUCAAUCGACUUAAAUGAUCUAUCCGAAGAGCAAGGUCAACGUUUAGACAAAGCCUUAGCGCAAGCAUUUAAGACGAAAAAAUUUGCCUUAACUUCGCAGCAUAAGAAAUCUAAAGGUUAUCAUUUGAAAACGACAACUUUAAUGCAUUUUCGCAUACGUGUUUUAGAUUUGUUAGAAAUCUAUCUACAGCAACCGAAACCCUCACUUUUAAUAGGUCUGGAAAUCAUGUUAACGCUGUUUGAAAUGUUGCAGUUUUGCCAUGAAGAAGAUAUGAAGUCUCUAAAAGUCAAGGUAGAGCGACUAAUUAAUAAGUUAACGGCACUUAAAUCUUAUAACAUAGAAGAGGAUUUAAUGGAAGAUAAUUUCAAGGAUUUUAUUAAUCUAAUAAUACAGAAAGAAGCUCCAGCUGCAACGUACGAUAUAAUUAAUAAAAUGCGUAACAAAUGUGUCAGGUUUUUGCUCUUAAUGGCAAUCAGUCGACAAUCUGAAACACCCAAGAUUGUAAAAUUAUUCGAGGAAUACAUUGAAGGGUUUAUAAAGUCACGCAAUUACAUACUAAGCAUUACGUUACUAAAAGAUAUUUUCACAUUGCCUUGGUCGGGUCUGUGGCAACUUUCAAAGUUUCUUCUCUCCUCAAAAAAUCUUAACCACUCUACACGAACUUUUAGGCGCAUACAAAUCUAUGAACUAAUCUCUUUGCUCUACAAAAACUCUAGAUUACAAAUGUUGGAUGGCCAACAAUAUAAACAAUGUUUAAAAAAGCUGGACUUAGGAUUAAAGAAUCAUAUAAAACAUUUGAUUCAUAGUAAUGAAUUCAAGUACUCAAAUAAAGAAUUAAAAACAUUAUUAGAACUCAUAAUGGAUUCUCAGGAAUCACAUGCUCGUUGGCAGUGGCAAUCAGAAUUGUCUUCUUCGGAUGUAAUAGAAGAUAUGCAACGGCUAGGAUAUGCGCAUUUACAUACUCACCAAGUUUACAAAAAGUUUUGUCACUUGUUUAAAUUGGAAAUAUUACCUAACCAUGAUUUAUCUAUCAAAAGUAUAAAAGAUAACCAUUUGGCCGCGCCUACGUCCAUAGAAAAUGAAGAUGAAGAACCGAAUAAUUGCGAAUUGAUAACAUCUGCGAAUUCAGCACAGAAGCGUAAAUCAUUUUUGAUAAAUUCAUCUAAAUUAAAAAAGCAAAAAAAACAGCAACGUUUAGCCGAAGCUUCAAAGGCCCAGCCUUAA